AUGGAUGGUAGAGGUAGGCAGCGCGACGGGAGAAGUCCGGAGGUCGAAAGGAGAGCACGUGAUACAAAGCUAGGCCUAGAGAGGAUAGCUGGCUUGGCGCACACAUCCCGUAAGCGAACCCAGGAAAUUGUGGCUAGCCUCAAGGAACUCCAUCGCAACGACAACACCAUCGACAUCUCGACAGCACGACACACCGUCACGAUGCCGAGCCACAAGUCCUUCCGCACCAAGCAAAAGCUUGCCAAAGCUCAAAAGCAGAACCGCCCAAUCCCCCAGUGGAUCCGCCUGCGAACCGGCAACACCAUCAGGUACAACGCCAAGCGACGACACUGGCGCAAGACCCGCAUCGGCAUCUAAACAUCCCACUCACCCUCUCCUCUCUCGAUUCUCGAUCUCAAACUUCUUCACCUCAAAUGAACGGUACAGGAGUGGAUUUCACGAUGGCAGGCGAGCGGAUGGUGCUCAAGGCGGGGUGGUGAUGGAUGCAUUUCAUGAUGAGGGGUGGCGGAUCACGAAUACCACGCACUCACUCUGGCGCUUGGGGUCUGAAAAUUCUACGGCUUAGGCAGUGAAUACAAUGCACUUGCUGGUCUAAACAAUUCAACGAGCGGAUAGUGAUUGAAUGUGCAUUCUGUAUGCUCGCUAUGGUCCCAGGCAACGGGUUGAUGGAGGCAGACUGCUCGUAAAGCUGAAUGAUGAGGCUACUUCUUCGCCGUCCAUU